UACAGGGCAUGCUGCUGAUAUGAAUGUAUUUUUAGAUGAUCCAGAAUUUGCAGAAAUUAUUCUGAAAGCAGAGCAAGCGAUAGAGUGUGGAGUUUUUCCAGAAAGAAUCUCUCAAGGAUCCAGUGGGAGUUACUUUGCCAAGGAUCCAAAAGGGAAAAUUAUUGGAGUGUUCAAACCAAAAUCUGAAGAGCCUUAUGGACAUCUAAAUCCAAAAUGGACCAAAUAUUUUCACAAAGUUUGUUGUCCUUGCUGCUUUGGCAGAGGCUGCCUCGUUCCAAAUCAGGGAUACCUCUCUGAAGCUGGUGCCUAUCUCGUGGAUGACAAGCUGGGGCUAGGAGUUGUACCUAAAACUAAGGUUGUCUGGCUUGUCAGUGAGACCUUUAAUUACAGUGCAAUAGAUCGUGCAAAAUCAAGAGGAAAAAAAUAUGCUUUAGAGAAAGUGCCAAAAGUUGCUAAAAAAUUUAAUCGAAUUGGACUACCUCCUAAGGUUGGCUCCUUCCAGCUGUUUGUUGAAGGAUAUAAAGAAGCUGACUACUGGCUCAGGAAGUUUGAAACUGAUCCCUUACCUGAGAACACAAGGAAAGAAUUUCAGUCACAGUUUGAAAGAUUGGUUAUCUUGGAUUAUGUCAUCAGAAAUACAGACAGAGGUAACGAUAACUGGUUAGUCAGAUAUGAAAAACAAGAUGAUGGACUUGAUCUGUCAGAUAAGGAUAGCCAAUGGACUAUAACUAAAGAAUCUACUAUUAAGAUUGCUGCAAUUGACAAUGGUUUAGCAUUUCCUUUUAAGCAUCCUGAUGAGUGGAGGGCAUAUCCCUUUCACUGGGCUUGGCUGCCUCAAGCAAAAGUUCCUUUCUCUCAGGAGACCAGAGACUUGGUUCUUCCUCGCAUUUCUGAUAUGAACUUCGUACAGGAUCUUUGUGAAGAUCUUUAUGAACUAUUUAAGACUGAUAAAGGAUUUGACAAGGCUACUUUUGAAAACCAAAUGUCUGUUAUGAGGGGGCAGAUACUAAACCUUACUCAGGCAUUAAAGGAUGAAAAAAGUCCCAUUCAGCUUGUUCAGAUGCCACGUGUGAUUGUGGAGCGAAGUAGCACUGGAAGUCAGGGCCGAAUUGUUCAUCUGAGUAAUGCGUUUACACAGACCUUUCAUAGCAGGAAGCCUUUCUUUUCCUCCUGGUAGCAACAAAAAUACGUGGGAAGAGUAAGUUUCUCUUUAGAAAGCUACUCCUGUGUAAAGGCACUGCAAUAACGUACUUCUGCUGUAUACCAAGAGCUCUGACUGCCGACACCUCAGAACUUAAAUUCUAAAGACUUAAGAAAUGUAUUUUGAAUGUAAUAAAAGUUUACAAUUUUUGUGUCAAAAUUGUGAAUCCUUAUGUCAGGGAAUAAGAAGAACUUGUCCAUAUUGUAUUUUUAUAGGCUAAAUUAAUGUAUUCUGAAUAAGCAAAAAUACACAAUUUGCAUAUGCUGAGAAACUACUUUUGAAAAAAACAGGAAUUCUUUUUGUUUAAUAUAAAUGUCAGAACCUAUACGUUAUCCAUUUCUUUUUUACAUGGUCUUUAAAAAAAAAAAAAGUGUAGGAUGUUAUCUUUGUGCAAAUGCUUUUCCUUGGAUUUUCUUCUUGAUAUUUUAAGCUCUUUGUAGAUUUUCAUAGGCUAGUUACUUGAAAAGUCAUGCACUAAAAAGAAAUAAAAUCAAUCUGUUCUUGA